AUGGAGUUCCGGAGAAGAAAAUCCUCAAUAAAUUCUCUAUCAAUGCUUGGAUAUUUAAAGCUAAAUAGAAAAUUGGACAGAAUCAUGAACUCGAUUAGUCCUGAUUCCAAAAAAUCCGAAGAAAUAAGCAAUCUUACUGGACGAAAUACAAUAAAAAUGUGUGCCAAUAAAAUACUGCUUCGAAAUGCCAAAAAAGAAAAGUCAGAAGAGUUUUCUCCUCCCCAUAUUAGAAAGAAUAAGCGGCAUUCAUCAAUGCUCGAAAAAAAAGAAAACUGCAUCGAAACUUACAUAAAUAAAGUUAUCAGCGAAUUUGAGCUUGAUAAAUUACAAAGCUACGAAAGAGUCGAAAAUAAAAGCAUAAAUACUUUUGAUAAAUACUUAGGACCAAACGGUGAUAAAUAGCUUAAUUUAAAGGGCUUAAAGCAUUCCAGAUUCAAUGCCUCUGCGCGCUUGCGAUCGUCUGAGCCUGGUUGCCGGACGAAUUUAGACGAUUGAUCCCUGUCUCAACAGAGAUCAAUUUCAGGAUCUGGGGGCUGAAUCUUGAAGGGUUAGAAACACCCUCUUGCUUCACGUCUUGCGAGCGCUGUGGAGGCAAAGAUCGCCCGAUACCUUCUGAUAGUCACUUUGAGAGAUGAAAAAAAAAGAAACGGGCCCAAAAACCCAUCCGGAUAACUAAUAUUGGGCUAAAUUGCCACCAGCUGACUCCAAAGUUUACCCACCUUAUACGGCCGCUCUAGGCAAGCUAAGGAUUAGAAUAAAAGGCUGACCUUGGUUUAUAAUUUAAAACGAUUUUGGUGCCCAAAAUUGGUGCGUCGUCAAGUGCAUAUUUCAUCCCCCAUCACCAUAUUAAUUUUAAAGGUGAUAAGGAAGAAGAAAUUUUAUCAAAAACGAUCGAAACGCUAAAUAAUUUCAUGUAA